CAUAUCCCCGAUUACUUCAUUGCUACAUGUAAGUAUCUAGGUACCGAAUCUCGUGAAAAAGAGCACUCUUUGGAGGUAUACAGCAUGGUGGUGAAGAAUAAAUUUGAGGUUAAUCUUAUAGUAAGUAACAUAGAAUUUAAGAGUUACAGUGAGAUGCCUUCCCCGAGGGCACCAGGUACCUAAACAUUAUGUCUAUGGAAGCGGCAGGCAGCUGGGACCAGAGCUAAAAGAGUUUGAGUUUGUAUGAAAACACAGAAGGAGCUGUGCAGAUAGCUUCGUUAAUAAAGGUAGGUGUUGCCUAACUUGAAAAUUGCCUAGCAUAUCUUCGUAUGUAUUGAUACAACGAUUAGGUAUAAUUUCAACAAUCUUGUUCAUAAACGUUGAAGUUGUUAGAUCAUGUUCUCACGAAGAUAUAACGUCGGACUAGAGCGUACCUCUAUCUCUCAUCAAGCAAAGUAAUCAGAGAAUAUUACACAGUAAAGAACAUAACUUCAAAUCAAACCCCUUAUCUUUCUAUCACCAUAUUAAUUUUUUGUUGGAAAAUACAAAGGCCCCCUAGAUUCUAUAUUAUCAAUAUGGCCCAAAACAAACAGUUGCAAACGCUUAAGCUAUUCUACCACCCCUUCAACGCCGGUGAGGACUAUAAGGGCCGCCGAUUCGACACCAUUCUCGGUUGGUCGGAUGACGAGCUAGAGAAGACGCACGACUACAUCCAAUGGUUAUUCCCACUGGCGGAGGAAUCUCGCGCGGUCAAGAACUCCCCUGUUGUCGAUGUAGAUACAAUCCGGUGGUUUCGGCAAUCCGGGACCGUACCGAACAUGAUACUCGCUCUCAAGCGGAUGCUAUGGUUCUACGGCUUCGAGAUCAGAUGGAGCGAAGACACGACAGAAGUCGAAGUCGAAGUCGAACCAAAGAUCAAGAUCGAGCCGAAAGAGGCAUUUACGAAUGGAACGGGUCGCAAGAUCUUCCACCGAUGGCUUAAGCCUCAUGACCAUAACCACGCCCGCAUCACGCGUAUCCUUAGAUCUCUUCGGCUUUUUGGAUUCUAUGCCGAGGCCCUAGCUGUAAACCAGGCAUUCCAAACUUACGCACAGACAUACCCGGGUGUGGCUAAAGCGGUGGUAAAUAAGGCAAGUCGUGACAUCUGGGAACAGGUUGCCACAUAUGCAUUAUCCGCAUGGGGACAUAAUGGGCUGAAAGAAUUUGACCUAGAGGACGGAUUCACUUUUACGCAAUAGAGGAUCCGCGCCGAGAACGAAGGGUCGGGAUGUAACGAUGUUUCUAAAUGAUCAUAUUUUAGGUAUGCUCCUCAACAAGAGUACAUAGUUACUUUUGUAGCGUAGAGAUAUUAACCUUAGGCACCCUGAAUAAUAAUCAACGAAAAAAUACUUUUGUCGCAUCAUAAAGACC